AUGGAGAAUCACUCAAAUAAAAAGCAAUGGCCGCAAUACUUAGCUGCGAUAAUCGCAACAUUAUCAAUGGCAGUAACAGGAUCACACAUAGGCUGGACAUCUCCAAUACUUCCUCGUUUAAAAGAGCCAAAUUCUACUUUAACUGUAACGUCAAAUCAAGCAUCAUGGGUUGCUUCUUUGUACAUACUUGGCUCUAUUCCUGGUAAUUUUCUUGCUAGUUUUAUUGUGGACUCAGUGGGACGCAAGAUCAGCUUACUGAUAUCCGGGAUACCGAUGACCAUAGGUUGGAUUUUAAUUAUCUUUGCUCGGAAUCCGUACGUUCUUUACGUUUCGCGCUUCAUCAGUGGAUUAGGUCAGGGUAUUGUCUACGUGGUCGGUCCCAUGUACCUCGGUGAGAUAGCGGAUGAGAAAAUUCGAGGAUCUCUGGGAUCUUUUAUCAAACUUAUGGUCACAUUUGGUGAGCUUUACGCUCACGCUAUUGGACCAUUUUUUAGUUACGAAGUGUUGGCCUACAGCUGCAUUGUUUUGCCAAUCAUUUUUUUCGUUACAUUCAUAUGGAUGCCAGAGUCUCCCUACUAUCUUAUAAUUCGCAACAGACGAGAGGAAGUUGAAAAAAGCUUGCAAUGGCUGAACCGCUACACUUGCAAAGAAGAUCUGAAAAAUGAUAUGGAUCAGAUGGAAAAAACAGUAGCUUUCAAUCUGAAGAACAAAGGACACUUUUGGGAUAUGUUUAGUACCAGAGGAAAUAGACGUGCGGUUCUGAUAUGCUUUGGACUGCAGGUGGUAUUACAGCUAAGUGGUAUUGCAGCAAUAGAAUCUUAUACACAAGAGAUUCUUGAAGGAAGUGGAUCCAAUAUGUCGGCUGGAACAACAGUGAUCAUUCUUAGUGUAUUGCAGCUCAUAGCUGGUAUUGUCGCGGUGGCAUUAGUAGAUCGAGUAGGCAGACGUCCGUUGCUUUUGUUAACGACUUUUUUGGCUGGAGUUGCGCUUAGCAUCAGUGCAGGAUUUUAUUUUUUACAAAGUAAUCUCAAUUACGAUGUAAAAAAAUAUGGUAACGUUCUUGUCGCUGCCAUCAUCGGUUACGAGCUGAUAGUCGCGUUAGGCCUAAGCCCUCUGCCAUACUUGAUGCUAGGAGAACUUUUCCCUACAAACAUCAAGGGUGUUGCCGUGUCUUUGGUUAAUUUGUGGACAUCGCUUCUCGCCUUCAUUGUAUCUAAAAUGCAUCAAGUCAUAUCCGAUUACUGUGGCAUUUAUAUGUCAUUUAUAGUGUACGCGUUAACUUGUUGUGUAGGUAUGGUAUUCAUUGCACUGGUGGUACCUGAAACUACAGGGAAGUCUUUACUCGAGAUCCAAAAUGAAUUAAAUUGUGGCUCAAAGAAAAUUAAGCAAAAAGAAAAACAGGAAGAUCAAGAAAAUACGGCUCUGUAA